UACAUCAGUGUAGCUGCACUGCUGCAGCGUUUGAAGUGUAGACCUGCCCUAAGAAACUGAUGUAAAGGGCUUUAAUGUUAUGGGAGUGAUUGAUAGCAGUUCUGUGGGUUAAACCUACUGCUUCCCUUCACCUUCCCUCCUCCCACCCUCUUUAGGAAGAUGGGAAAUCUCCUUUGUAAUCCUACUCUACACAACUAUGUACAAGUGUGGAGACCCUUGUGGAUGAGUGGAACAGCUGUGUCACACCACCAGUGUAACGAAGAGCUGUAGACUUUAUUUUUGUCUGUUUAUAAAGCCAGCUCUUUGCUUUAUGAACAGCUACUGUAGACACUAGAUGGAAACUGAACCAAAGAGUCACCAUCUUGUUUAAUUUCCCUACUGCAGAAUAGAGAGUUCAUAGCUAAUUUGAGUUUGCAGAAAACUAUUUUAACUGUUAUAUAGAUGGUUGCACAUCUGAGGAGGCACGGAUGUGUGUCAGAUGAGUUAUUUAAAUAAGAGUAUGAAACUACUGCUGUUUAAAUUCAGAGGACACAGUAUAAGUGUGUACAUGUAGUUGGAGUGAGCGAUUUCUAGUCCAAUUCCAUGUCGUUCUACUACCAUGAAGGAAAAUCUGACCCAGAGCACUUAUUUCCUAUAAAAUUUUAUAUAAACACUCAACUGCAAAUGCAGUGGGACUAAUGAAUUGUUGUGCAAUUCAUUUAGUUUGGAGGAUGAUGGAAUCCUAGUAGUCAGCAUGGAGAGUAGCAUUGGUCCCUCAAACAUUUUGUUUUUUGGCUACGUACAAGUGGCCUAAUAAGAGCAAACUUUACUUGGUUAUUCCCUCUGCUCCAGCACUCUACCUGACUGCUAUCUAUUUCCUCUCCCUUGAUGCAGAAUGAAACUUCUCUUGCUGCCUGGAGCUACCACUACUUUAAUCUCUUCAAUGUCACUUUGCAGCAUCUUUCCUGAAAGAAGCUCUAGGGUCACAUCACUACUCAUUCUUCAGUAUGUUUAAGGGGCUUUUCCUCCAGUGUCCAGUGCAUAUACGCACACUUUUGAGAAAUGAGAACAGAUGACUCUGAAGCUGUUGAAGUGGGUUUGAGAUCAUGAGUACAAAGAAGCUUUGUUUAGCCAAGUGAAGGUAUCUGAUGUCUGAAAUGCUGAGAAGAAAAUUUUGUUUUUGUCAUAUUUUACGCUACAGGCACCUCCUUGUGCUACUUCUGACUUUAGUGGCCUUUUCGGUUCUAAAAAAUAACCAAAAGCCGGACUUCUUGAAUCACAGACAUCUAGAGCUGACUGGUGAAGAUCCUACCACUAAUAUUAACUGCUCUAAGAUACUGCAGGGUGAUAUAGAGGAAAUUCAAAAAGUAAAGCUUGAGAUGUUAACUGUGACAUUUAAGAAACGCCCUAAGCUAACAGCAAGUGAUUACAUUAAUAUGACAACAGAUUGUGCCUCUUUUACCAAGAUGCGGAAAUAUAUUAUGGAACCUCUCAGUAAAGAAGAAGCUGGAUUUCCAAUUGCCUAUUCAAUAGUGGUAUAUCACAAAAUAGACAUGCUUGAUAGACUUCUAAGAUCAAUCUAUGCUCCUCAGAAUUAUUACUGCAUUCAUGUUGACAAAAAGUCUCCAGAAUCUUUUCUGGCAGCAGUUAAGGGAAUUGUGUCCUGUUUCAAUAAUGUCUUUAUUGCCAGCCAAUUGGAGAGUGUAGUGUAUGCUUCGUGGAGCAGGGUACAGGCAGACCUCAACUGCAUGAAAGAUCUCUACAGGAGAAGUACAAACUGGAAAUAUUUGAUAAAUCUUUGUGGUAUGGACUUUCCUAUUAAGACCAACCAGGAAAUGGUGGAGAAAUUGAAAGCCCUAAAGGGUGAAAACAGCUUAGAAACUGAGAAAAUGCCUUCCAGCAAAGAAAUACGAUGGAAAAAACACUAUGAAAUUGUUGAUGGUAAGCUAAAGAACAUGGGAAUAGACAAACAACCUCCACCUCUUAGUACACCUGUUUUCUCUGGCAGUGCCUAUUUUGUUGCUAGUAGGAGUUUUGUAGAGUAUGUGCUAGACAACAGCAAAAUCCUUGAAUUUAUUGAAUGGGCUAAAGACACUUAUAGCCCUGAUGAAUACUUGUGGGCUACUAUUCAAAGAAUCCCUGAAGUCCCAGGGGCAGUUUCUUCUAGUGACAAGUAUGAUGUUUCUGACAUGAAUGCUCUUGCCAGGUUUGUGAAGUGGCAUUAUUUUGAAGGGGAUGUUUCAAAAGGUGCCCCCUAUCCUCCGUGCAAUGGAAUUCAUGUGCGCUCUGUGUGUGUGUUUGGUGUGGGAGACUUGAACUGGAUGUUACAGAAACACCACCUAUUUGCCAACAAGUUUGAUACUGAUGUUGACCCCUUUGCAAUUCAGUGCUUGGAAGAAUAUUUGAGAAAGAAAGCUUUGAAUCAACACAAAAAUUAAAAUGCUAUCUUGUGUAUGGUAUGACAGCUUCACACCGAUAAGGCUGUCAUGCAGAUAAAAUAUUAAGUAUGUAGUGAUGAUUUACUAGUGUGUUGCACCUUAUUCAUCGCCUGGUAUGAGCAUCAGAAACUCCACUUGGGGUAUAUAUGAGAUGUUCGUUCAAUUGAGCCUCACCUAACUACUUUUUUCCCUACAAAUUUCCAUACCACAUACUCUAUUAUUGGAAGAGGUCCAAGCCUCAAAAUGCAUAUUUGGGGUCAAGAGAGUAGGUCCAGCUAUUCUUGUGUAACAUUUCAAUAUUAGCCUUUCAGGGUUUUUUGAUCUCUGCUACUAUUCAAUCCAAAGACUUAAAAACCAGAACCCCCUGAUCUUGUGUGGCCAUAACUAAAUCCUUUUUCAUAAUCUUAAAUUACUGUUGGGCAAGGGGUGGAGAAAAAGCUAGACAGAGCAAACAUGUAGAUGCAAAAGGAUCUCAGGGAAUGCAUAUCAGGAAUUCUUUAAAAAACCAGUUAAAAGGGAAUUGACCAAUAUGCCAAUGUUAAAGCUUUUGCAGUGGUUCCACGUGUAUUCUGGGAUACAUACUUCUGAAUCCUCUUUUCAGAAAACUUUGAAUUUAAGUUGAAAUAUUCACCAACCAGCUAAAAGGCUUUGUGUUUAAAGUACACUUCUUACAGUAAUGUUUUGUGUGCUUGUUUUAGUUUGUUAAACUUUAAAAUAGUUUUAACAAUUAGAUUUUAAUUUCAGAGAUGAUAUUUAUAGCUCUAAUCUGCAAUGUCCAUCUUCUCAGGGGAAUUUAUUAUUCUGGGUCUGUUAGGAUAUAAAUGCUGAUAUCAAGUUUAUUUUGGUGCAUAAUGUCACUUUUCUACACUUGUAAUUUUUUUUAAUUAGUUGAUGAGGAUUGAAUUGAAAUUCUUUUAUGUUGCAACUCUAACUGGCAGAGCAGAGCUGCUGGGCUCAACUUUCAGAAAGAGGUAAUGUACAUCAGUCUACCCACUUGUAUUCCAGAACAUUUAAACAUUUACUGAAUAUCCAGAAAAAUAAAUUUUUUUCUAAAUUAAA